GGCGCCAAGCUGACCAAGGUCUCUUGCGAGCGGUGCGACCUCCGCGCCGCCAGCCUGCACGGCGCCGAGAUCCACGCCUCCACCUUCGACAACGCGCUUGCCGCCAAGGCGGACUUCACCGCCGCCCGCAUCAUCGACAGCUCGCUGCGCGGCGCGAAGCUGAGCAUGGCGUCCUUCCGGCAGGCGGCGGCGAGGGCGGACUACACUGGCGCCAACUUCCAGGCGGCGACCAAUACAGCCUCCGCGGGCUUUGCGGGAGCCGUGGGUGCGCCGAGGAACCUCAUCGUGCCCAUUGGCUGA